CAAGCGAAGAUUAGAAGCUUCCCUUUCCGCGUUCAGCUGCAUCGCGGACCCGCGACUAUCACGAUAGAAGAGCCAGAACCGCGCUGGCCCUUUAACAGCCCCUUCCCGAGGGCCCGCCCUGCGCGUGCGCAUUGCGUUUCUGUGCUUGUCAUCAUGGCGACGCGGGGCCAUGUGCAGGACCCUAACGACAGGCGCCUCCGGCCCAUUUAUGAUUAUCUUGAUAAUGGUAAUAAUAAAAUGGCAAUUCAGCAAGCAGAUAAAUUGUUAAAGAAACAUAAGGAUCUUCAUUGUGCUAAGGUUUUAAAGGCAAUUGGUUUACAAAGAACUGGAAAGCAGGAGGAAGCAUUUACCUUGGCACAGGAGGUGGCAGCCCUUGAACCCACAGAUGACAACUCUCUGCAAGCACUGACUAUUCUUUACCGGGAGAUGCAUCGACCGGAGUUAGUUACAAAACUUUAUGAGGCAGCUGUGAAGAAAGUUCCCAAUAGUGAGGAGUAUCACUCUCACCUCUUCAUGGCCUAUGCCAGAGUGGGCGAAUACAAGAAAAUGCAACAGGCUGGCAUGGCUCUAUAUAAGAUUGUCCCAAAAAACCCUUACUACUUUUGGUCUGUGAUGAGCUUAAUUAUGCAGUCUAUAUCAGCACAGGAUGAAAACCUCUCAAAAACAAUGUUUCUGCCCCUUGCUGAGAGAAUGGUAGAAAAAAUGGUGAAAGAGGACAAGAUAGAAGCUGAGGCAGAAGUUGAACUUUAUUAUAUGAUCCUGGAACGUUUGGGAAAGUACCAGCAAGCCUUGGAUGUCAUCAGAGGGAAAUUAGGAGAGAAGUUGACAAGUGAAAUUCAGAGUCGGGAAAAUAAAUGCAUGGCUAUGUACAAGAAGCUGAGCAGGUGGCCAGAGUGCAAUGCCCUUUCCCGGCGUCUUUUGCUGAAAAACUCAGAUGACUGGCAGUUCUAUCUGACUUAUUUUGAUUCUGUCUUUCAAUUGAUUGAAGAAGCCUGGACCCCUCCUGCUGAAGGUGAACACUCUUUAGAAGGAGAAGUGCAUUACUCUGCAGAAGAAGCUGUGAGGUUUAUAGAAGAUCGGAUAUCAGAAGAAUCUAAAAGUUCACGGCAUCUCCGAGGACCACAUCUAGCUAAACUGGAGCUGAUUAGGCGAUUACGACGUCAGGGUUGUAAUUAUGAGUACAAACUGGGUGAUCCAGAAGAAUUAAUGUUCCAGUAUUUUAAAAAGUUUGGGGAUAAACCUUGUUGUUUUACAGACCUCAAGGUGUUUGUUGACCUCUUGCCUGCAACACAGUGUACAAAGUUUAUUAAUCAGUUACUUCGAGUUGUUCCUUUGUCAACACCAACAGAGGAUAAGCUGGCACUGCCUGCUGACAUCAAAGCUCUGCAGCAACAUUUGUGUGUGGUGCAGUUGAUGAGGUUACUUGGCUUGUACCAUACCAUAGAUAAAAAUCAGAAAUUGAAUGUGGUUAGAGAAUUGAUGCUAAGGUACCAGCAUGGACUAGAAUUUGGGAAGUCCUGUUUGAAAACAGAAUUGCAGUUUUCAGACUAUUACUGUCUCCUAGCUGUCCAUGUACUUAUUGAUAUAUGGAGAGAAACAGGUGAUGAGACUGCUGUGUGGCAGGCCCUGACUUUGUUGGAAGAAGGAUUAACCCAUAGCCCUUCUAAUGCUCAAUUCAAAUUGCUGCUUGUUCGAAUCUACUGUAUGUUGGGUGCAUUUGAACCAGUGGUGGAUCUUUACUCCAGCCUUGAUGCUAAGCACAUACAGCACGACACCAUUGGAUAUCUUUUGACCCGAUAUGCCGAAUCCCUAGGUCAGUAUGCUGCUGCAUCCCAGUCCUGUAACUUCGCACUCAGGUUUUUCCACUCCAACCAGAAAGAUACCUCAGAAUAUAUUAUUCAAGCUUACAAAUAUGGUGCAUUUGAGAAGAUCCCAGAGUUUAUCGCUUUUAGGAACAGGCUGAAUAAUUCUCUUCAUUUUGCACAAGUCCGUAUUGAACGGAUGUUGUUAGACCUUCUACUUGAAGCAAAUAUAUCAGCCAGCUUAGCAGAAAGUAUAAAGUCAAUGAAUCUUAGGCCAGAAGAAGAUGAUAUUCCCUGGGAAGACUUGCAAGACAAUAGAGACUUAAAUGUUUUCUUCAGCUGGGAUCCAAAAGACAGGGAUGUUUCUGAAGAACAUAAGAAACUUUCCCUGGAGGAGGAGACCAUGUGGUUAAGAAUCCGUUCCUUAACAUUGAGGCUGAUCAGUGGACUUCCAAGUCUUAACCACCCUGUAGAGCCAAAGAACUCGGGGAAGACCACUGAGAAUGGUGUAUCCUCCCGGAUUGAUACUCUUCGUUUACUCCUUCAGCAGCUGGAAGUGGCCCUUGAUACCGGAAAGCAAUUUAUUGAGAAGGAAAUUCAGUAUCCUUUCCUUGGUCCUGUACCUACCAGAAUGGCUGGAUUCUUUAAUUCUGGCUGUUCACAAUGCCAGACCUGCUCUUUUUAUCUUGUUAGUGAUAUUUAUGAGCUGGAUACCAAUGGCUUAGAGGAUACAGUAGAGAUCCAAGAGCGAAUAGAGAAGAGUCUUAAGUCUUUACUAGAACAAUUAAAAGAUAUCUUCAUUAAAUGUAAAGGGGACCUCUUAGAAGUUAAAGAUGGUAACUUGAAAACACAUCCUGUUCUUUUAGAAAAUCUAGUCUUCUUUGUUGAGACUAUUUCUAUUAUCCUUUGGGUGUCCAGUUACUGUGAGAGUGUCCUGCGGCCAUACAAAUUAAAUUUACAGAAAAAGAAAAAGAAGAAAAAAGAAACCAGCAUCAUCAUGCCACCACUCUUUACCAGUUUCCAAGACUAUGUUACUAGACUUCAGACUUUAAUUUCCAAUGUUGUGGAUCAUAUUAAAGGGCUUGAAACACAUCUACUUGCACUUAAACUUGAAGAAUUUAUUUUAGAAGAUACUUCCUUCUCACUGGAAGAGAGAAAAUUUUCAAAGACUGUGCAAGGGAAGGUGCAGAGCAGUUAUCUGCACUCACUUCUGGAAAUUGGAGAGCUGCUGAAAAAAAGACUUGAGACCACAAAGAAACUAAAAAUUUAAUAAGGAAGUGUGAACUAUAGGCAUUGAUGACUCCACAACAGAAAAUGACACUAUCUUCCCAGGCAAAAGUACAUCUGGUUGACCAUCAUUUUAAUCCAGAACUUCCUCAUAAAUGCAUGAAGGACUUUGAUCGUGAAUUAAUUUUUUAGGUAUUAAAUAUAUACAAUUGAUUAAAUUAUUGUAUAUAAACCAGAAGCAGGACCCUCAUCUGGGUUUGACCACUUUUUAUACAUGUUCAUAUGCAUAUGACAGCCACAAAAGAAAACCCCCGUUUUCUUGUUCCCUCCCAUCACCAGAAACAUCUGGCCAGGGGUGGGAGGUUUUAUAAAAGCAGCAAUAGAAGUUAAGCAUAAAGUAUCAACCUCAGAGCAGCUGAAUGGCCAUCCUGUAACAGCAGUGGGAGUUUUGGUCUGGUCCCUGAGGCUUAGAAAGCAGAAGGCAGGAAACAAAGGGAGAUGGUUUGAACAAGCCCUCUUUCCACAGUUGCAGGUUGGUUUUGAAGCUUCCCUCAACCCAAGGCAGCUGCAAAAAGUGCCUCAGAUAAGAUUUGCAUAGGCUCCGUGAGCACAGGAACCUGCCACCGAAGGGCACCACCCAGAUGGCCACAGGCACUCAUUUUGUGAUAGCCAGGACAUCCAUUUCAGCUCCUAUUUGAAUUAAAUCCAGGAUAGACAGGCAAAGAAGGCUUCUGUUAGCUUUCAACUGUUUAGAGAGAGGAAAGCAGUGCAGAAUACUUAUAAGCCUGCCAAGGACUAGCUUGCUGUCUUUAGUAAAGAUGGGAAUCACUGUUUUAAAGAAGAGAAGAAGUGUUCCUAGUUUAUGCAGGCAAGUCUGAUAACAAUUCACUGGUUUCCUGAAUCACAUACUGCAGUUGGUUCAUGAAUUUUACAUAUAUAUAUAUAUGUAUACGUAAAUUUUACAUAUAUAUAUGUUUGAAAAUAAGAUUUAGUACUUUAAUGUUUUUAAGUGGAGAGUUUGGGAAGGAAGGAAUAUGUAAUAUGGACUUAACAUAGGCUUUAAGUUUUAGGUUGGCAAAAGAAAUGUCAUCCUAUGGGUUUGGAGGCUCAAUCUACUUUCUUCAGACUUGAGAAUUAUACCAGGAUGGUGUUUCCUUUGUUCACUUGGAGGUCACUUGGAAUAUAGCUUCAGAGGUUGGUCUGAUAGAAAAGAUAAAAAUAGCUCUUGAAAAUGUUAUACAGUUUCUACAAUUGCUUUGAUAACUUUUUUGUGUUUGAAUCCCUCCUUCCGAUUUUGGUCUUUGUUACCAAAAUAUGGUUAAAAUUAAUAAUUCUAUAAGAGCAAAGAAAUGAAUUUGAUGAGGAAAUUCAAGUAUCUGAUGGAGAACUGUUUUUGAAGACUUUAAAUAUCCUUUCCAACUCACUGCUCCAGUGAAAUGUGAUACUUUUAAAAGCAAAAAAGGAAAACUUAAAAAAAUCUCUUUAUGCAAAGCUAUUGCAUUUUGUCCCAUCUUGACUUUAUAAGUUUCAAAAUUUGAUACAGUGAUUAAUAACUUACAUUUCCAAGAAAAAAAAAUUUUAAUUACGUUACCUCUUCAAAAUAAGAUGUUAGAAAUCCUAGUCCAAGUUAACUUUUAAAAAAAAAAAAUUCGAUUUAAAUUGGUAGCUACAGCUGUUAACAUACCUCACCCUAAAAGGAAGAACUACCCUGAACAAGAUGAAUUGAAAAUUCUGAUUCUGAGUAUUAUUUAAUGACAACAUUUUUUUUUUUUUUUAUGAAAGUGACCUGUUAGAAGGAACUUUGUGUGGCAUGUGUUCAUGAAGUGGUAUUUCUUUGAAUAUCAAAAAAGUACUGUACAUAGAAAUGCUCUUUGAAACUGACCAUGAUUAAUCUAGCAUAUGUGUGCUCAGUGGCCUGGCCUUGGUCCUCUGGGACAGUGGGACUACAGUGGUCUAUCUAAUCAGUCUCCUGCGUGGUGACAUCUGGAACCUCUACUGGUUUAAAUGACAAAUAAUGUUAUUGAGGUUAUGCUUCCUUUGUUGUUUGCUGAUUUUCCUACUUAAAUGUAGCAUUUCAGUUUGAUCCAACCUCUUACAUUUUGAGAUAAUUGUAAAAAAGAAUGAAAUUAUGCAGAAAUGGCCCAUAUCUUUUAUUGAUCUGUUCUUUUGGAAACUGUCAUGCACUAUAAACUGUGUACAGUUAAAAAAUAGAUAUAUAUAUAUUCUUACAUGAGUAAAAAGCACCCUCUCCCAGCAAUUGUAUGUCAUUGGUAUUUGAAGAGAAUUCCCAAAUAACUCAUUGCUGCUGCUCUUUUUGGUUUGUGUGGGUUGUUUUGUUUUUGUGUGGUAAAUCGAUAUUUAAAAAAAAGGAAAGGAAAGGAGAAAUACUACUGUUUACAGACUGAAAAAUUAUUACUUUUUAUACUACUGAGAUCCUAAGUUAAGAUUCUCCAAAGCAGACAUUUGGUUUAGAUCAUUUAUCUGAUAUGGAUAAAAGAAAUUUUUAGUGUUCUCCACAUAAUGGAAAAUGUACAAAUGCCUAGCUGUGUUGCCCAUCAAUUUUGUAUAUUUUCAUAAAUUUAACUGUUUAAAAUUGCAUUAUAUUUUGCAAUCACUAUGUUCAAUCUCAAUUUGUCUUUCAUUUUAACUUUUAAUAUAAAAGGGGUUUCAAUGUAUCUAUGGCCUUAUUAUUGAAACUUCCUAUUCGAUGUGAUUUAAUAAUAUGGGAAGUAUAUAUUCCUUCUUCAGAGUUGAGUGAUGCAUAGCAAAUCUGCUUUAGACUGGAUAGGUUAAUUUAUAUAAAUAGUUUAAUUUUAAGUUGGCAUUUCUGCCUGGUUCGUUUUUGUUCAGAUUCUUUUAAGCCACAACCUUCUAAAUGGUGUAAUUCAUCACAAUUUUGUAUUGAGUGCUAUAUCCCCAGGACAGUU